ACAACUUGCUGCACAGUGCCACUAGCAACACGCAGCACUAGCCCAGCGGCAUCAGCAACAUCAGCAAUAGCUGCACAAGUGUCAAGUGCGCAGGAGCAGCGAGUAAACAGUAGCAAGCAAACAAACCAGCGAUCACAAUGGAUCACAAUAUGCACGUGAACGCGCCGUCGCUGCACCACUGGGGCUAUGCCACGGGACCCGCAGUGGUCAUGCCAGGCGCCACCGCCAUCGGCACCACCCCCCAGAGCCACUGGGUGCCGCCGCCGCAGAGCCACCACAGCGCCCACAGCAACCACAGCCACGGCCACAGCCACGGACACGGCAGCCUGAAGCGGACGCUCUCCGAGAGCGACUGCGACGAUCUCUACUCCGAGGAGUCCUCCAAAGAACAAAUAUCGCCCAGCGAACCGGGAAGCUGCCAACUGAUGAGCCGCAAGAAGCGUCGCGGAGUAAUCGAGAAGAAGCGGCGAGAUCGGAUCAACUCCUCGCUCACCGAACUGAAACGCCUGGUGCCCUCCGCCUAUGAAAAGCAGGGAUCUGCCAAGCUGGAGAAGGCUGAGAUCCUUCAACUGACCGUGGAGCAUCUGAAGAGCUUGCAGUCCAAAACGCUCGACUCGCUGAGCUAUGACCCGCAACGGGUGGCCAUGGACUAUCACAUCAUCGGCUUCCGCGAGUGCGCCGCCGAGGUCGCCCGGUACCUGGUCACCAUCGAGGGCAUGGACAUCCAGGAUCCGCUGCGCCUGCGCCUCAUGUCCCACCUGCAGUACUUUGUCCAACAGCGCGAGCUGUCGGCCAAGAGUUGCGCCAGUCCGGGUGGUUGGACCCCCGCUCCAUCCAGUUCCUCUGGCUAUCAGCCCAACUGUGCGGCAGCGCCCUACCAGAGUUACGCGGCGCCAACGAAUCCGGGUGCCUAUGUGUCCAGCUAUCCGACCCUGAGUGCCUCUCCCUCCCAGCAGGCACAACAGUUGGGAGGACGAACCAGUGUCUCGCGGACAAGUGGAGCGGGAGUGAACGAGUCCCUGCCCACCCAUGAUAUUCACUCCGAAAGCAGCAACCAGCAGCAGCAACAACAACAGCAACAGCAGCAACAACAGCAACAGCAGCAACAACAGCAGCAGCAGCAACACCAGCAACAUCAGCAGCAGCGCACUCAGACAACACCUCAGCCGGCACAGCAGCAGCACUACACCCACGACCACAGCGUAGUGCAUCCGGAGCAGCAGAUACCCACCUAUAUAGAGCUGACCAACAGCAACAGCAAUCGUCCAGCUGCCGUGGGUUCCGAGAGCCUCAGCUACAGUGCCGCACCCCAGUAUCCCGUGAGCGGAGGCCAGGACUACAACAACUCCAGCGUCCUGCAAUAUGCCACGCCCAACGGGGCCAAGCCCUACCGACCCUGGGGCGCCGAGAUGGCCUAUUGAUCGAAAAACUUCAAGUUGAAAACAGGAAACCGGAACAGGAAAUCUAGUCAGAGCAGACAAAGUGUGAUAGUCUUAAGUUUCACCUCCUUCUCCGAUAAAAGGGGAGAAACAAUGCAGUAAAAUUAGCUAGUACCUAAAGCAUGAACAUUUCAACUACU